AAUACGAAAUUAGCAAGAUAUACUUAUUGAUGCAUCUAUCCAUCCAUCAGUUAUUGUUUGCCUCUUUCUUGUUUGUUGGCCUUCCUCCUCGUUUCGAACCCUAACCAGCUGUCCUUCCGCCUGCUCUCAAGAUACAUAGAUAGAUCUAUACAUCGUCAUCGCAACCCUAAAAAUGGUUUGAGAUUUAGCUUACAUUGCACAUAAUCGACUUUAUGCGGUGUGGAUUUGAAUUCAGCUCCUUCUUAGAACAUCAAUAAUGACAUUCAGGUUUCGACAGUGUCGGCACAAAAUGCAGUGGAUUUGAUUGGGUUGUGUGAUAAAAACGUUACAUUUUUUGGUUGGGUGCAUUGCUCUAUAUUGAUAGUAUUUCUGCUUUCUUCAAGCUUAGUUAUUGCUUCAGUUUUGGCAGUCCAUCAUGGAUGGCAAUGGCAGUAUGAAUAUACAAAAUUGGGGUUUUUAUGAACCUCCGACGGCCCUCAAAAGCCACCUGGGUCUACAGCUCAUGUCCACCGGGGCUGAAAAGCCUCUUCUUGGAGGCCGCAGCCACCCUGCUGUUAUGGCCACUGCCAAUGGUGGAGCAUUUCACCACAUGCCUACCAAUACUGGGCCUUUUAACCCUAGGGUUUGUGGGGUUUCCGAAUCACCCAUGCCCAUGGACUACAUCAGGGAUGUUUGGAUCAACCAGAGGGAAAAGUAUCUCAAUGCACUACCUGGAAAUCACCAUCACUCCAAUUUUAAUGUAUUGCCUGAGACCUCUGGAGGGCAGCACAUGCAGAUGCUCCAGCCAACUGACUCACCAAAGGAUGAAAGUGUUGCUCAAAUGGAAGAGACUAGUGCUAAAAGGGACAGUGGUGGCCCUCUGAAGAAGCGGGCAGGCAAUAAAACUGAAAAAUCUCCCAAAACCAAGAAGGCAAAGAAAGCCCCAAUUUCCCCAAGAGAUGAGUGCAGUGUAUCAGUACAGCGGGCUAGGGCCCCCAAGAAAAGCAUGGAAAUUGUUGUCAAUGGAGUUGAUAUGGAUAUUUCAGGCAUUCCGAUACCAGUUUGCUCUUGCACUGGAACUCCUCAGCAGUGUUAUCGGUGGGGUUCUGGCGGGUGGCAAUCUGCAUGUUGUACCACGAGUAUGUCAAUGUAUCCCUUGCCAAUGAGUACCAAGAGGCGUGGUGCAAGGAUAGCAGGAAGGAAGAUGAGUUUGGGAGCAUUUAAAAAGGUCUUGGAAAAGCUUUCAUCUGAUGGAUAUAACUUCUCUAAUGCUAUUGAUCUGAGGACUCACUGGGCGAAACAUGGGACGAAUAAGUUUGUCACGAUCAGGUAGAUGUACACUGCCACUGAUUCAGUUGGUCUCCAGUGCUCGUGGUCUGUUUCUAUUGUAAAUAUAUGCAUGUGAUCUAAAGCAGAGGCUUCUCAGGUAGUUUCUAGCCAGCGGAUUUUCUCGUUUCUGUUACUUAUUUAAAUUCUGCUUUUUAGGCUUUUUUGGAGGUGUCAUUUCCUGUUCUUCACCUUUUGUAGUUUAAGAAAAUAUGCCUGGAUAUCGGAAUUAAUUGAUGAGAUUCAUUGUUGUACCUGGGCUGGAUAUUUUUUAUGAGCAUAGUUUGACAUUUUUAACAAAAUGUUUCAUUUCCAAAUUUUCACUUUUGUAAUUUUUUCU